UCCUUGUCUAUUGUCCAUUUACAUCAGCAAAGAUCCCAUUAGAAUUCGCAACUGGUGAUGAAGUUUACUUGCUUAUUCAUGCCUUGCUGACACUAAGGACUGCAGUGGCAUAUACUUUACACAAUCUCUUUUCUGAUGAUACUACAUCGACAAUCGAUAAACCUCUAAAGAGGAGGAAAAAUCCUAAAAAUAAGAGAAAUA